AACAGCUAUGGCAUUCAACAAGGUGUGGUAUACCAUAGCCCUUGGACUUCUGCUGCCUUUCUCUUAUGCCCAUACGGACUUCUUCACUUCCAUUGGUCAUAUGACAGACUUAAUUAAUACAGAAAAAGAUCUGGUGGUAUCACUGAAAGAUUACAUCAAAGCAGAAGAAAGCAAACUGGAACAGAUCAAAAAAUGGGCAGAGAAAUUGGAUCAGUUGACAGAUACUGCUACAAAAGACCCAGAGGGGUUUUUGGGACAUCCUGUAAAUGCAUUCAAAUUGAUGAAACGGCUUAACACAGAAUGGGGUGAGCUGGAGAGCCUGGUUCUGAAGGACAUGUCAGAUGGCUUUAUCUCCAACAUGACUAUCCAGCGGCAGUUUUUCCCAAAUGAUGAAGAUCAGACUGGUGCAGCAAAAGCUCUCUUGCGGCUUCAAGAUACGUAUAAUUUGGACACAGAUACCCUCUCAAGAGGGAAUCUUCCAGGUGUGAAGCACAAGUCCUUUUUAACAGCUGAAGAUUGCUUUGAGCUGGGAAAGAUUGCCUAUACUGAAGCUGAUUACUACCACACUGAGCUGUGGAUGGAACAAGCUCUGAAACAGCUGGAUGAAGGAGAAGUGUCUUCUGCAGAUAAAGUCUACAUUCUGGACUACCUGAGUUAUGCUGUUUAUCAGCAGGGGGAUCUGAGCAAAGCCAUGAUGCUCACCAGACGCCUUCUGGAACUGGAUCCUGAACAUCAGAGAGCAAAUGGGAACAUGAAAUAUUUUGAAUAUAUAAUGGCAAAAGAAAAGGAAGCAAAUAAGUCCAGUACAAAUUCAGAAGAACAGAUGGAGAAGGAAACUGAGGUUAAGAAAAAGGAUUACCUGCCUGAGAGAAGGAAGUACGAAAUGCUGUGCCGUGGGGAGGGUCUCAAAAUGACUCCUCGGAGACAAAAAAGACUCUUCUGCCGCUACUAUGAUGGAAACAGGAAUCCUAGAUACAUUCUGGGCCCUGUCAAACAGGAAGAUGAGUGGGACAAACCUCGAAUUGUUCGCUUCCUUGACAUCAUCUCUGAUGAAGAGAUCGAAACUGUGAAGGAACUGGCAAAGCCAAGGCUGAGCCGUGCUACUGUUCAUGACCCUGAGACUGGGAAACUGACCACAGCACAUUACAGAGUCUCUAAGAG